AUGACUUUUCCUUAUCAGCUCACAUUCAUCAGAGACACCUUCACCACAGCAUUUGUGAAGAACCUGAUAGUGGCUCUGGUCUGGCUCACCCUCACUUACAUCAAUGGCACCUUGGUUGCCACUUUUUUCAGACACCAGACCUUUUAUGAAGACCCUCGUUACAUCCUCUUCAUCCACAUGGUGAUAAAUGACGCCAUCCAGCUGACCGUCACCAUCACACUUUUUAUCCUCAGCUACAUCUUCUACAAGAUUAACGUCUCUUUCUGCUGCUUCUUUAUCCUGGUGGCGGUCUUCACCACCAGAAACACCCCGGUUAACUUAGCAGGCAUGGCCAUCGAGCGCUACAUUGCUAUUUGCGAACCUUUCCGCCAUUCCCAAAUCUGCACUGUGAGAAGAACCUACAUGGUCAUCGGCCUGAUUUGGUUUAUAUGUGUGGCCCCAGAUAUCACAGAUCUAUUUGUGACGCUGGCGACUGAGUCCCUGAGCUUCUUUCACGGGUCGGUGUUCUGCUUGCGCCAGAAUGUGUUCAAAGACCCGAUCCUUGCAUACAAGAGACAAGCCUUUGAUAUCAUCUACUUCUCCUGUGUGUUUCUGACCCUAAUCUUCACCUACUUGAGAAUCAUGUUUGCAGCCAGAGCCAUCUCCACAGAGAAGACGUCGGCACAGAGAGCCAGGAACACCAUCCUGCUCCACGGUGUCCAGCUGGCCAUGUGCCUGCUCUCCUACAUCUCCCCCAGUGUGGAGCUGGUUCUACAUCUCAUCUUCCCAGGACGAAUCCUAGAAAUCAGAUUUGCAAACUACCUGAUCGUCUACAUCCUGCCCCGCUUUCUGAGCCCAAUCAUCUACGGUGUUAGAGACAAAAAGUUCAGGAAGUACUUCAAGAUGUACCUUCUGAGCAACAGCUGCAGGGACAAACUGCAGAGAGUGGCCCCCCAGCACAACAAAUAA